GUUGACAAUUGACGGCUACAAUGAUCUAAAUUGGAGCGCUACCAAUAACUCAGACCUUGGAGUCAUCACGGUGGUCUUACCAGAUGGUCAUGGUUGUGUGCAGCUACCGAUAAUAAAAGCCAAAAGUUAGAGGAAAAAUGUCGGGUCUAUGUUACCAGUUGCUGGACCGGAUUGACAAAGAAAUGCACCGGUGAAGUUUGUCACUAUGACUCCUUUGUUUUAAGUGCUAUUUACAAGACCGUACUUACUGUUUUCGGUUAUGAAUAUUUUUCAAAGGUUCUGCGCGUUAAUAUUCUACAGACAGCAAAUAUCGAUUUGAGUUCUGAACAGUUUUUGUGGUAAAUGAUGAUUCGAGUAAAUUGUUUCAAGGAAGCUGAAUGGAGUUUUUUUCUCAACCUGUGCUCCGAACGGCUGCUGGUAAUCAUUCACGAUGUUUUGCAUCUACUCGUUUUGAGAAGCCAUUUUUUAUUACGUGUCCAAUAUUUUACGUUAAUGCAAAACCUCAUUUGGGCCAUGCAUAUACCACAUGUUUAGCUGACGCAUGGGCAAGAUAUAGUUGUUUGCGUAAUCAGCCAAUACUGAAACCUUUCCAACAAGAUUAUAUUGCGUCCACUUAUUCGCCUGUGUUUGAUUACUGCAAUCUCAAUAAAACGUUUUUAUCUUGUGGGACUGAUGAACAUGGAUCUAAAGUUCGUCGUGCUGCAACUGUCAAUAAUCUUGAUCCAUUGCAGUAUUGUAAUCGAAUGAGUCCUUUAUUUGAGACUCUUUGUCAUGCUACUCACAUAAAAUACAAUGAUUUCAUCCGUACUACUGAAACUAGGCAUGUGAAAGCUGUUCAUCAGUUUUGGAACCGUUUAAAUGCCAGUGGUAAUGUUUAUCGAAGCAAAUAUUCUGGUUGGUAUUGUGUUUCAGACGAAGCGUUUUAUGCACCAUGGGAAAUUGAUGAAACGAAUUUAUCAGGAGUACCUGUGUCAAAAGAAACUGGUAAUCCAGUGGAAUGGAUUGAAGAAGAGAAUUACAUGUUUAAACUGUCUUCAUUUAAAAAUGAUUUACACAAAUGGCUAGAUUCAGGAGUAUUUCAUAAGUCGUCCAAUCAAUCAGUUUGGUGUAAUAUGGCACAUAAUAUGGUGGAUAAUUCUCAAGAUAUAUCUAUUUCAAGACCAAAAAGUCGUUCAGAUUGGGGUAUACAUGUUCCUGGUGAUAAUGAACAAAUUGUUUAUGUAUGGUUCGAUGCUCUGAUCAACUACUUAACAGUUACAGGUUUCCCAUGGUCAAAUGUUAAUGAUGGUAGUUUUAAACAAUCUCUUUGGCCACCAGAUGUACAGUUUUUGGGAAAAGACAUAAUACGAUUCCAUGCAGUUCUCUGGCCUGCUUUAUUAAUGGCUGUCAAUCUACCGUUACCACGACUUCUAAUUUGUCAUCAUCAUGUACUUGUGGAUAAUGUUAAGAUGUCUAAAAGUAGAGGUAAUCAAGUCGAUCCGAUUGUUGAACAGUCUGCUUUAUUGUCGGACGAAUUAAACAGCAAUGUUAUAACACCUGCUGAAUCAGAUCUUCUUCGUUAUGUUUUGCUUCGCCUUCCUUUGCUAACAUAUGAUGGUACUUAUAGUCGUGAAAUGGCUCGCAAAAUGAUUAACACAGAACUUGUUAAUUGGAUUGGAAAUUUGCUUUCUCGUAUCAUAUCUGAAUCUCUUAACCCUGAACAGUCUAUCAUUCAGAUUAAUCGUCAACAGGUUGAUGAUAUGUUUCACAAUGAUGAUUCGGAUAUGGAAUUUUUAGACAAUCUAGAUAAUAUCUCUCAUCAUUUCGACAAACUUUGGUGGUAUGAAGCUCAACCUCAUAAGGCUAUAGAGGAAGUUUUAGGCAUUAUUCGACAAACCAAUGCGUUUAUUACUCGUCACAGUCCAUGGACCGAAAGAGAAUUAUUAAAAAGGCAAUUUAUAUUAUCAGUAGUGUCUGAAUCGUUAAGAAUAUGCGCAUUACUUCUGCAACCAGUUAUUCCAAAUUUAUCAAUUCGAUUGUUACAUCGACUUGGUAUAUAUUAUGAGGGGAAAAAAGAACAAAAGCAAUCGAAUAUCAUUAAUGGAGUACGUGUUCUAGGUGAAAAUACUGGAAAAUUUCUCCGUAGAAUUAAAUAGCUUCACUAAUAAUAACAAAUUGUACUUUUUUCCAUGUAAAUUUUAAUUUCAAUGUCAAACAGUUUGUUCCCUCAUUGUAAUGUAUAUAGACAGUAUUACUCUAAUAUAAAUAUACACUUGACUUUUGUAUGAAAAUCGUUUGCUUUGUGGAAAAUGUUGCUUAUGAAAGAAUAGAUUGUAGGCAACUCCUUGCGUAUGUGGAGCAUUUUUAUCUUUAUACCCGAAGUAUAACAGCAGCUCCCCUGAAGCUAGUCUUUGUUGUUCAACCUGCGUCCAGUAUUUCACUGAUUUCAAGCACUUCCAGGUUGUAUCUUUUCAUUUCUGCAGCAAGCUGGAUGACUCUCCCACAUUGUACGAACAUUCCAUGUACCUAAAUUAAUGGUUGCUCUAGUUGUCAGAAGGGGGCAUCAGCCUUAUGACCUCCGAAGGAACUCGGCUUUCAUCAUGAGACGCCA